AUGCGUCGUGUGUUGGGGUACAGCCCACUAGCCCCCCUGACGGGGUCGUACUCGAAUGCGCUCCCCCUACCGUGGUCGACAGGCGCGGUCCGAGAAAGCGCUCCCCUGCGCGUGACAGUGCGGCCCAGUAGCGCAACAGACGCGGCAGUCACUCAAUCUCCCGGGGGGCGGUUGCACGCGCUGCCGAGCGCGCCCACGGGGCGCAGCGCGCUGCACAGGCCGUUCUCCUACUCGCUAGAUCGUCGUCACUCAACCGCGCGCCGCGCAGAACGGCUUUAUCCAUGUUGGGUGCUGCCGCUGCAGGUGCACGAGGCGUACACGAAGGGCUCGGCCACCGCGUGCAAGGCCUUGGCCGAGGCGAAGUCGCAGUGGCGAAGCCUCUCUUCGCAAGCGCAUGAGCGAGCCGCACAGUUCAUGAACACCGGGGCGGCGCACGCCUCGCAGGCCGAGGAGGCGUUCUUCAGCACGGUCAAGGAGAAGUUGCUGGAGGUCACGGCCCAGUACCCCACGGAAGCAGCGGUUGCAGGAGGCAUGGCGCUGGCUCUGGCACUGCCCCGGCCAAGACACUGGCUGUACAAGGCGACGUUCCGCAGGCUGAUGAGCCAGGAGGCUCUCGUGCAGUCAUGCCGGGCGAGGCACGAGUCCCUGGCCAAGAACAUCGAGCUCGAGGGACUGGAGGUCGACAAACUGACGGAGCGGAUGAAGAUUGCGCUGGACGAGUACCAGCGCGGAUACGCGAAGGUAUCUGCGGCGACGUCGCAGCUGCAGUCGCUGGCCGGCCGCAUCAGUUCGAAGGAUGCGCGUGCCCGGAAGCUGGCGCGGGACCUCCGGGAGCUGCCGGGCCCAGAUGCGCUCGGGCUGAGGGCAGAGGUGGCGCAGGAGCUCGCGAAGGCUCGCGCGCUGCAGGCGCAGGUGCAGCGAGCGCUGAAGCCUGCCGUCAAGCAGGGGUUCUAA